ACGAGUUAAAAGUAGAAAAUGAGGAUUCCAACGGAUUCCUAGGAAAAAUGUUGCCCUCCUGCUUCAAGUUCUAUCUUUGAUCCAGGGUGAGGGGAGCCUGUCUGCCAGUCUGCUAAGGAGGCUGCUUUUUCCCCCUCCUCUCCCACCUCUGUUUUUUUCCAACUUGCUUUAGGAUUAGCCUCCAUCCCUCUCGACCCCAAACAGUGGAAUUUGGCUGUGCCUCGGGUCGUCUUGCUUUGCAAUAUCGCCUAUAGUUGCUGGCGGUUUUCCGCCGAGGCUGAGCCGUUUGCUCCAGCCUCCGACUAAACUCAUUAAGUUGGGAGAUUUUUUUCAAUUGGACGGGUGUUUUUAAAGUCUCGUCUUUCCAGCCCCAAACAAGGUGUAACAACGCACUCUUCCUUCUAAGGAAUGAGAUGAGAGACAAGGAUCACUCCAGACAUCUCCUACCUACGGUUUGGGGUUUUUUUUCUUAAAGGCGAGGCUCGCAUUCCUCAGCAGCUAUGUACAAAGCUCCCUGAAACCUCGUCUCUCUAAAGUUAGUGUGCAGGGCUUUCCAAGGCUGAGAACGCCUAAUACAUGGGGAAGCACUUCCUUGAGGUGGAAGGUCUCUCCCUUCACCUUUCCUCUUUUUCCCUGCAGGCUAGUGCCUACUUUUUAUCAGUUUGCACAAUCGCUUAGAUAAACACCGAGGAGGAGAUUCUCUUUAAUUAUCAAAGACACAUCUUUUCAGGGGGCCAACAAAGCGUUUAUUUCACCCGCCAAACUAAAGGAGAGUUAUUCCAGUUUAGAAGGAAGAUGCAAGCGGUUUGGGACCUUGAACAAGGCAAAUAUGGUUUUGCGGUGCAGAGGGGCAGGAUGCCGCCCACCCAGCCAACCCACGGGCAGUUUGCGCUGACCAACGGGGACCCUCUCAACUGCCACUCGUACCUGUCCGGAUAUAUUUCUCUGCUGCUGCGCGCCGAGCCCUACCCCACGUCGCGCUUCGGCAGCCAGUGCAUGCAGCCCAACAACAUCAUGGGCAUCGAGAACAUUUGCGAACUGGCCGCGCGGAUGCUCUUCAGCGCCGUCGAGUGGGCCCGGAACAUCCCCUUCUUCCCUGACCUGCAGAUCACCGACCAGGUGGCCCUGCUUCGCCUCACCUGGAGCGAGCUGUUCGUGCUGAACGCGGCACAGUGCUCCAUGCCUCUCCACGUCGCCCCGCUCCUGGCCGCCGCUGGCCUACACGCCUCACCCAUGUCCGCCGACCGAGUGGUCGCCUUUAUGGACCACAUACGGAUCUUCCAAGAGCAAGUGGAGAAGCUCAAAGCGCUGCACGUCGACUCCGCCGAGUACAGCUGUCUCAAGGCCAUAGUCCUGUUCACCUCAGAUGCCUGUGGUCUCUCUGAUGUAGCCCAUGUGGAAAGCUUGCAGGAAAAGUCCCAGUGUGCUUUGGAAGAGUACGUUAGGAGCCAGUACCCCAACCAACCAACGCGAUUCGGAAAGCUUUUGCUUCGCCUCCCUUCCCUCCGCACGGUCUCCUCCUCAGUCAUAGAGCAAUUGUUUUUCGUCCGUUUGGUAGGUAAAACCCCCAUCGAAACCCUCAUCCGGGAUAUGUUACUGUCCGGCAGCAGUUUUAACUGGCCGUAUAUGGCAAUUCAAUAAAUAAGAAAUCAAAAUAAGAAGGGGGAGUGAAACAGAGAGAAAGAAAAGGCAAAAGACUGGUUUGUUUGCUUAAAUUCCUUCUGUUAAGAAAGGAUAUAAAAGGAUGUUACAAGUUUGCUAAACGAAGAGAGGGGAAGAAUUUAAUGGACUGUGAAUUUCAAAAAAAAAAAAAGACUGUCAAAUGAACUUUUACAGAAUGCAUUAAAAAAAAAAAACUCCUGUGUCGGUCAGAACAACUUGCUACUUAUCAUUUUUGUAUAAAAAGGAAAUUAGUCUUUUUCUUUUUUUGGUAAAUUUUUGAAAAAUAUUGCUAAAAGUGCAUUUAAGGAGAUUGGGAGAAAAUUAGCAGAAUGGAGAAAGUAAGUCUUUUUUUUUUUUUCCAAAUUAUUAAUUGUCCUGUGUCUAUGUACCUCUAGCUGUUCUUUUUUGUACUUUUCUGGUUCCAAACCAGUUUAUUCUGUGGUUCUAUAAUAAGUUUUGAUAUAAUCUUGGCUUCUUAAAAACUGUGUAUCCUUAAAAUAUAUGUUCUGCAAGAAUUAAAACUGAGUCCAUGAAAAUACCAUAGGAAGACAUAAAACUUUAAAAGGCAACUCAAAGGUGAUGGAAACGCACUUACAAGUGGUGACCAAAAAUUUUAGGUGAAGUUGAGCACUCUUUAAUUUGAGAACUGGAGGAACCACACACAACACUUAACUUCCCCUACCCUGCCCCCCCCCCCAAAAAAAGACACCAUGACAAACCUAGCUUUUUAAAAAUAUUUUAAGAAAGAGAAUGAACUGUGGAAUUUAUUGGCAGCCAAGGAAUGUGUCCAAGACACGUGCUGAGGUUUUGAAUAAAAAGUGAACUUUUGUAAUUUGAAUUGGGUCCCGCUUAGUUCUUGAAUUGUUAUGAAAAUCCUAUAUCUGUUUGUAUAUUUGCAAACCCUUUGUAUUAUAAUUGUUGAUAUUUUCCCUUUUUAAAAAAUACCAUUGAAAUCAGCAUGACAAAAUAACACUGUUGGCACUUAUAGGUAACGUGAUUGAUUCAGUAUCUUAGAGUUUACAGUUUGUGUUUUAAAAAAAAACUGAAGGUUUUUUUUUUUUAAGUGCAACAUUUCUGUAUACUGUAAAAGUUAUAAUAACUGAACUGUUUGGUCGAGUCUUUGUGUGUUAUAUUCCAAGGAAAAUUGAAAGUAUUCAGAAAUUAAAAUAUUAUUUGAUAUCUGAAA